AUAUUUGAUACAUUUAGGUAGAGUAAAUAAUUUUUUUUUUUUUUGUUUUUUUUAAAGAGCCAUUGAUUUAUGCUAGUGAUUUAUUUAUUCAUUAUAAGAUGUGAAUUCAGUCCUGUUAAAUAUUCGCAUAGGUUAUGUGAUUAUGUUGUUUAAAGUGCAUUCAAAUUUCUUGUCAAUAAGUAUUAAAAAGUGAUAUGUUUGUUACGCUUUGUAAGCGUUGGUGUUAUUUGAAAAAUUAAGAAUGGAACGAAAUGGCGCGAGAGAAAUGGAAGAACGAAUGUGCAUAAGAGAUACUGGGAAGACACUGAAAAAAUAUGGUAGUACAGCUAAACAUAUUACACGAAAUGAAAAUUUGUUAAAACAUACUGUAUCAACGACUGAUACCCUCCAAGGAAUUGCUCUAAAAUAUGGAGUUACAACUGAACAAAUAAGAAGAGUUAACAGAUUAUGGGCUUCUGAUAGUUUAUUUUUGCGAGAACAUCUGUUUAUUCCUGUCAAUUCAGAAAAUCCAUUAUCAUUAGACAAUACCGAUGAACUUGAACAUAAUAUGGUUCAAAAUGUUUCUAGUCCAUCUUCAAUAACAUCAUCUAUAGAUGAUGAUAGUUCAGUUAAUGACUUUUUAGCUAAAAUGGAUUCUUCUAUAGCCAAUGCUAAAAGAGAAGUUAAACGUACUCAGGGGAACAGUGAAUUUUGCACUGAGGAUAGUGAUAUCUAUGUACAAUCACAUAGAACAUCUAAAUUACGUAACUCGCUUCCUAUAACUUCAAAUACACAUACAAUACCAUCUGCUUCAGAACCAUUAAGACCAUCAUCUUCUAGUGAUAUGCAUAAUUUUCCAACUGCCGUAGUUAUGACUCAAGGCAGAAAAGUAAAAACAUCAUUACAAAGACUUCAGCAGCAACAAGAUGAAAUAUUCCAGUUGUAGCAACUAAAUUUUAUUAGACUGUAAUAUGUUUAAUAUUGACAAUGUCAUUAAAGAGCUUGAACAAAAGAUACAUUGAAUAAUAUACUGGAAAUAGUAAAAGACUAUUCCAUAUUCAAAAUUGGUUGCUCCAAUAUUGUAUUAUACUUCUGAGUACUAUCAACAAUGGAUCAACUAGCUCUCAUAUUGUCCAAGCAUAUUGUUAAAAUAGUUCAAACAAUAUUUCUUAGUAAACCAUAUGUGCCUUUAAUCCAAGUCGAUUGUGUACUAUUUCUGUUAUUUUUAUAAAAUAUUUUAUGUUAUGUGCAAUAUUAGAUUUAUAAUUUCUAUGGAUUUAAUUUAUUUGAUCUUAUUGGAAAUGAUAACAUGUACUUCUAAAAUGAUUAUAAUUUUGAUAUAGAAUUUAAUUUGAUUAUUUCUUUCAUGACAAAAAUAAUUCU